AGGGUAUAUGAGUAGAUUCAGACUUCAACAGAGAGCAGAGAAUGAUCUAAAUGCUGUGGAGGAGCCUCCCGCGAUCUCUCGUAUCGGCAUUGGAACUCUGCCCUAAAACCUGAGAUCUGCCACCUCAGGCGUCGCCUCGACGCCUGCCGCGGCGCCUUUGUCGCUCUUCUCUUUCUCCACCCUCUCCGUGAUCUUUUCUCGUGCAGAUCGCCGCCCCGGCACCGCGCUUGCUGGACCUCCCUGCCGUCGGCCUUUCUCUGCCAUCACUUCCCUAACUAGCUGCUGCGCCCAAACCACUUGUCGCUCUUCCAUCGUUUACACAGUCGCUCUCAACCCCCGGUGGCGUUUUUGGUAAGAGGCUGAUCGGUCGGAUCGGGUCAACCCAGCCCAAGUCAGGCUCGGUCCAGGUUGGACUUGAGCGCUGAGUCAGUGGCUCAACAGCUUGUGAGCCACAACUUGUGCAGCCAGCGGGUCGGCCUAGGCUAGACCCAUGUGACUUGACCCAGGCUUACAAUUCAGUAUGGCACGACCCAGCUUGGGAUCCAACGCAGCCUGCCAUAUUGGCUUGGCGUGGGCCAGCAUGGCCCAACGUUUGAGGCCCAUGCAUGGCCCGACGCUUGAGGCCCAUGCAUGGCCCGAUGCCAAGGCCCAGCCCGCCACCUCUUCUGUUUCAACGUGCUCCCCUCCCGGUAAUCCUAGCAACAUCCAUUGGUGUGAUCCCAAAGAAAGAAAGAAAAGCAGCAUCCAUUAUAAUAUGGAGCAACUGAUGCAUCGAGUUGAAGAAUGGGUUCAUCAGCAACCCAUUGAGCAAAUCUAUGUUGCUUUUGCUGUUCUAAUCUUCACAAUUUCUUUCUUUGGGUUGUUUCGUGUCCUGAGACGCUCAAAGUCCAAUACCAUACUGCUUGCUGGCUUAAGUGGUAGUGGAAAAACUGUUCUUUUUUAUCAGCUUCGUGAUGGCUCUCCACAUCUAGGUACUGUCACAUCGAUGGAACCCAAUGAUGGUACUUUUGUGCUGCACUCUGAGCUUGAAAAGAAGGGAAAACUAAAGCCGGUGCAUUUGAUUGAUGUUCCUGGGCAUUCCCGACUCAGACCAAAGCUUGAUGAAUUAUUACCUCAUUCAGCAGGAGUCAUUUUUGUCGUGGAUAGUUUGGACUUCUUACCGAACUGCCGAGCAGCUGCUGAGUACUUGUAUGAUAUACUGACAAAGGCACUCAUCGUGAAGCGAAGAAUACCCAUGUUGAUACUGUGCAACAAGGCAGAUAAGGUGACGGCACACUCCAAGGAAUUUAUCAGGAAACAAUUGGAGAAGGAAAUAGACAAACUUCGUGCAUCAAGAAGUGCAAUCUCGACCGCCGAUAUAGCCAACGACUUCACUCUCGGGAUACCAGGAGAAGCAUUCGCAUUUUCUCAGUGCCGGAACAAGGUGACAGUGGCCGAGUCAUCUGGGCUGACCGGAGAGGUCUCUCAGGCCGAGCAAUUCAUCAGGGAGCUAGUGAAGCCAUAACCGUGGCUUCUCUUUUAAACUUGGUAAUCGAUUGUACGUGACAUUCUCGUUGGCCUUUUUUCCAUGAGAUGCUGAGACCCUAACACAUGAAUGCUGCUUUCAACUCGAGAUCAGGAUUUGUAGACAAUUUUGUUGACAUCAGAAAUCAUAUUUUAAUGAUGCAGAAAAUUACUGUCA